AAUUAUUAAAGGAUUUUUAAUGUCAACAAUCUAGUUGUUAUGACAACGUCCGAAUCACGUAAUCAAAAUGGCGACCAUCGGCAAGAAAUUUUGACAGCCGUAAACUUGCAGAGAUGUAGAAAUGAACUGAGGACUUCUGUACUGGUGAUUUUUCCACAAUUCAUGAGUACAGUAUGGUGUAAAAGUUUUUACUGAAUCAUGAUUAACACAGAGCAAUCUUAUUGAAUUCAAUGUCUCUUACAUCUAAUUCACGAUUAUACAAUAGCUUAUCAAGUUACGCUAUGCCAGGUGAAACAAGGUCCUCUCGUGCUAGGGCAGGAAGUUAUGGUUUGUCUAGCACAACUCGAGGUGCCAGUCUAGAUAGAAGAAAAACCUCUCAUGGUUUGUCAACAAGUGUUACUAGUACUGGGUCAAGGUCUUUAUACCCAAGACCUCUACCGCCUGGCCCUGGGCCAUUGGAUGCAAGUGGAAGGCGAUUGACAGAAUUUAAACCAAAAACAAGAACAAGUCCAACAAGUAGCAGUAUUCGUAAUGGUCCACUAAAACCUGAUUAUAAAAGUACCUAUUCGAGUACUUACUCUGAUUCUUACCAUGGUUCAUCUUUAAAAGCCAAAUCUCCACAAAACGAACAUUAUGGAGUUUCAGCUACAACCAGUACUUCUUUACGAAGGAGAUCAUCCAGUAUUUCUAGUUUAAGUGAUGCAACCAGAGACAUGAAGUUAAACGGUGGUAGAGAGGAUAAUUAUAUAACACCACGGUCAAGAGAUAUUGCAGACAGAACUCUGUCGAGGGCUUCAAGGAAAGAUUCAAAUGACAUUGAUAAUCAUGACAAUUUAUGGUCACCAGCCUCACGAAAAACAUCUGUAAUUGAGAAUGGUACUUCAUUGAAGUCAGAUAUUGGAAGACCUCCUUCUGGAAGGCGUCGUGAUAGUAACCAAGAUACAUUACAAGAAUCAAGUUCUAGUAACAGUCUUUCGUCUUUAAAUUCCAAAUACUACAGUUCUGGUAAAUGUGGGUUACGUAACCUUGGAAACACAUGUUUUAUGAAUAGUGUUCUUCAGUGCCUUAGUAAUACCAAACCUCUUUUAGAAUAUUGUCUGAAGGAAGAUUAUCUACUUGAUAAAAACACAUCGACAAGUUCUCUAAAGGGACAACUUAUAACAGCUUAUGCCAAAUUAAUGGAGGGUAUUUGGAAGGAUAAAGAUUCUUCUGUUUCGCCAAACUCUUUCAAAACACAGAUACAAAGAUUUGCUCCUAGAUUCAUGGGCUAUGCCCAACAAGAUGCUCAAGAAUUCCUGCGAUAUUUGUUGGAAGGACUUCAUGAAGAUGUUAAUCGUGUCACAAAGAAACCAAAACCUGUCACAAUUAAAGAUGAAGAUUUUCCUCAGGACAAAGAUAAAGGCCAAGAAUACUGGAGAGUUUACUUAACUUAUGACAAUAGUCAUAUUGUUGAUAUUUUUGUUGGUCAGUUGAGAAGUACUCUGAACUACCAUGAUUGUGGUCACAAGUCAACAACUUUUGAUCCCUUUUGGGAUCUGUCUGUACCCAUACCAAAGGGACGUUCAGAUGUGACAUUACAGAGUUGUAUCAAUCUAUUUAUGAAGGAAGAGGAAUUAGAUCAUGAUGAGAGACCUACAUGCUCAAAAUGUAAAAGAAAAAGUGCUUGUUCCAAGAGUUUUGCAGUGCAAAAGUUCCCCCAGAUAUUAGUGAUUCAUUUCAAACGGUUCAGUCAGGGCCGAUACAGUCAAAAAGUGUCCACACGAGUCGAAUUCCCAGACAGUUUGGAUGUCACAGAAUACUCAUCAGAAAAAGGAAAUACCAAAAUUAUCUACAACUUAUAUGCAGUCAGUAACCAUUCUGGUAGUGUGCAUUCUGGUCAUUAUACAGCUUCCUGUAAACAUCCGUAUAGUGGAGACUGGUUCCACUUUAAUGAUAACAGGGUAUCAUCAACUUCAGCGCAUAGUACAGUAUCAUCCGAAGCAUAUUUAGUAUUCUAUGAACUUUCAAGCAGGUCUUCUAGAUUAUAGCACAGAGUAACCUGAUGGAUUUACAGAGGAAAACAUAGAAAAUUAUAAAAGACACUAGAAGAACAAUGUAUUGUUGCGAAAAAUAAAUUCAGUUUGCAUUUUUCUCUGUCAGAGUCUGAACUUCUUAAAAGAAAAUCAUAAAAAUGUAAGUCCAGAAAUGCUAAAUCAGCUGCUGACUUCAACUCUCUACAGUUACAUAAAUAUUAACCAUAUAUGAUGUUUUUAACAAUGUGAAUGAUGGUAUCUACCAUUGCUAGAAUCACAAUAUACAAACCUCAGAUCCUUUUUGUUUAGAUUCAUUUCAUAAUGUAACACAACCUUAAAGUAAAAUUGUUUUAUUGGCCUCCUUUGGAAGAUUUCCUAGUGUAAGAACAGGAGCAGAAAUCUGAUAUUGCAUUUAUUGUAAGGCUCCUGGAAGUCCAUUCAAACUAAAAAAAUCUAGGAAUAUUUGUCAGUAAGGAUGUAAAAAGCUAAACUCUAAAAAGUUUGAACAAAUUUGAAUGUUUAUAUUUAGUAGUACACUACAAACGUUGUUUAUCAUUCAUGCAUGUUAUUGUUUUCUGUUUAUUGCUUGAAUUAUUAAUAUACCUCUUACAUGUAAAUAAUGAAAUGGGUAGGAAUGCUUUAUCAAUAUAUAUUACUGUUAUGAAAUGAAUGGUUUAUAUCCAAGUUGUGAUUUGCAAUCAGGUUGUACAAAGUUAUUAACUUGCAGUGAAUGGUUUAUAUCAGAGUUGUGAUUUGUAAUCAGGUUGUACAAGGAUUUUGUGAAUGAGUAAAUGUGUAAAUCUGCAGUGAAGGAAUAAAUGUUUUCAUUUACGUAAAAAUAGUCUCAAUUUAUAAAGCCGUCUCAGAUAUUUUACAUGAAAUCCGAGCCAUAUAUGAACAAUACUCUAAUAUUUAUGGCAAAUUUUUUAGCUUUUGAAUGAUUAUGUGAAUGUUUUGAUGUCAGAAUUCACUUAUUGGGAUCAAAUAUACAAUGUACUUAAAUUUUGCAUCUUUACUUUAAACUGCUUUGUGUUUGUAAACAAAUUAUUGUAAAGUGCAGUGACUAAAUUUUUGUAUGAAAAUUUAAUCUGAAAAAAGUGAAAAAAAGUAGGUUUAUGAUUUGUAGAAUGAGAUUUAGAUAUUGGCCAAACAUUUUGACUACAACGAACUUUCUGUGUUGUCAAAGAAAGCAAUUAAUGUAUUUAUGGAUUAUUUAGAAGCUUGAAUGUUGAUAGUUUGACAGUCCUGACUGUGUAAAAUCUUGUGAAGAGUGUGGGCAGCUUUGACAUUGUGAAAGAUCUUGAAUGUUAUAUUAACUUUCUACAUAUUUGUUUUUUACCAUUUAUCAAUUUUAUAUGUUAUGAGGUAUAGAUGUGAUCAAUAUCUAUUUAAGUUUGUUAUUGAACUUACAGUACUUGUCUUUAUUAGUGAGUCUAGAGUCACUGAUAUAGUCCUAAUGAGCUAAUUGUUACUCAGUAAUCUCUUUAAAUGUCAUCAUUUGCAUACUCUUCAUGUGUUUCUGUCUGACAGAUUUCUUACAACUUGUCAGUACAAUUUUAUGUCUUAUUGUGAAGCUUUCUCCUACAUUUAUUUUCCUCAGUUCAGCCUGAGCAAAUUUAAGUUAGAACACUAAAAAUAAUUCUCUAGGUUACAAUAGAAUUGCCCAUUUUAAAGAAAAUAUAUUGACACUUGAAUGAGGGUUAAUCUUUUCAAUUUAAUGAUUCAGUAAAAAUAUUACAAAUAUAUAUUGAAUAAGCAUCUUAAAACAUGAAUAUUUGACAGACUCAUAUUUCUGGAGCACUAAUUAUUCAUUAGAGAACACAAAAGGAGGGGAGGUAAUGAUGAUAUUUUUAGAUUUUAAUUACAGCAUUUGAGCAUUGUUAUCAGGAGAUAUUAUACUAUGCAUUCUAAUCAUGUUACAUUGUAUAUAUUUAAAUAAUUAUUUAUUAUUAUAUAUACCAUGGAAAGUUUUAUGUAGUGAAAUUUUUACAUAUUUUUUUUGUCCCAAGUGUUUUUUUAACAUGUUUAUAUCAGUUGUGAUUAAAAAAAUAUUUUAUAUUUUAUUCAUCAAUACAUACAUUUUCUUAAAAUUUAUUAAAAAUUAACACCUAUUUGUUUAAUUCAGACAUUUAUAAUGAGAUUGUCAAUAAUGAAAGAGAUAAAAUCCUACCUACAAACAUGCCUAGACAUUAUUAUAAAAAAACGGAGAAUUUUAAGUCCAUAAAAUGUUUUGCAAUGGAAAUUUGCUUUCUUGGUCCAGAAUCCAAGUUGACAAACAUUGACAACAGAAGUAUUCCUUAUUUAUAUGAAAAUUAUUGAAAAAAGAAAGAAAGAAAAAAGAUCAGUAUAUAAAUUCUGAUUUUUAUCCAUCUCCAGAUGAUAGUGCUCUUCUAUAUGAAGAUAAUUUUGUUGUCAUAAGGCCAUUCAUAAAUAAUGUUUAGUUUCUCAAUACUUUUAUUAGAUACAAUUUUGCAACACAAACAAGUUAAAAACUACCACUAUAGCAAAAUCCGUGUUUGAUGAUGAAAACAAACAGUAACAAACGGUUUGUCAAAAACAGUAAAUGUGUAAUUCA